CUCCCCACCCCGCCCCCAAACGCUGGGACCGUCACAUCUCUCCCUCCCACCGCACAUUCCUUCCCCUCCAGACUACUGUCUGAUUUCCCCCUCGGCUUCCGGGGAGGCCUCCGAUAACCCAAUAACCUGAUAAUUGUCCUCCCACUCACCCAGAGUUAAAGCAGGCUGUUGAUAAAACCAGAUGGUAUUCCAGAAGCCCCCUCCCCUCACACCCUCGAAAAUGAGGGCAGCAGGUGGUGGGGAUCCGUCUCACCCCACCCCCCAACACACACCUGUUUCUCCCGUCUUCCGCUCAGCCUGUCACGUUCCUGUGGGCCAGUAGCUAGCCCAGGAGCCUUUAUGGGGGAGGCACAGGUGGACCCUGACCCUGAAAUGGGGGGUGAGGAGUCCCCAGUGGAUGUCUGUCUCUCUGCCCCUCACGUUCCCCACCUCUAGCUUCACUUCCCCUUCCCCUCCUCCUGCCCCUCCCCACCUCCUCCCUCCCUGUCGCCCAAUCGUCCCUGACGCCCUCCUGGCGGGUCCGGCUGGAGAGUUUCUAUUUUGGGGUCAGGGAGGGGAGGGUGGAGAUAACCAGGCUCGGGGGGAGUCUGACCUUUCCAGAUUCUUGCCAAAAAUGGCCUUGGGUGGGGAGCGGGGAGGGAGGUGGGGGUUCGGGGGGAGCUCGGAGUGGGAGGAGCCUGGGGAGACUGAGGUGAUUGGAAAGGUUGAAGGAAGAUUCGGCGGGGGAGACGAGUGUCAGGAAAACCCAAGUCUCUGUUUCCCUUUCCCUUUAGUCCUUUCCCCCCUCUCCCAUUCAGCCUCCUUGGUACCCUGUCGGUUGGCUCUGACACCCGCCAGCCUCCUCCCUGGACUCCCUUGUUCCCUCAAACACCCCCAUCUCCCCUCCAUCUCUUUGGGGGAGGGGGGAGUCUCAGCUCUCCCCAAGGGCCGGGGGAGAGGCAUCUCCCCCCCCCACCUCCGACCUCCUUUCCUCUCCAUCUCUCUGGAGAUGGGUCUCAGUUCUCCAAAAGGCCGAAGGAUGGGAUUCUUCCCCCAUCUCCCUUCCCCUUUCCCCUCCAUCUCUUUGAGGAGAGGUCAGCUCCUCCCCAGGGCCAGAGGAGGGGAGUCUUCCCCCACCUCCCUCCCCCUUCCCCCUCCAUCUCUUUGGGGAGGGGUCUCGGGGUGGGGGGGCAGCGGCAGCUGUGGAGGCUCAGGGAGGCUCCCGGAGGUGCGAACAGCCGGAGGAGCCGGAUUUAGCAUCGGAGUCGGGGGGUCUGGGGGUGGGGAGGGGGUGGCUGAUAAAAUCCCAGCCAAUGGAAAGGGCCGGCUUGCCUGACUUCCUCCCCCAUUGGCUAGGCCCGCACAUACAUUAGCCCAUAUAUUGGGCUGCCAGCCUCCUGUCCCCUGGAAUUCGGGGGGCCCUGGACGCUCAGAGCAGGGUCUCGGGGUUUUCUCUGCUUGGGACGGAGGACACCAAAGGCUGCCGUCCGGAUCCCGACGGCCUGAUCCUGAAGACCUUUUCUCUGCCCCCUUUGCUUCCCGCCUCCAGUUUCUCUCUCUCAUCCGCUGCUCUGGGCUCCGUCUCCUCCUCAGGAUCCUGAUCAAUAAAGACUUUUGUUUCUGUUCUGA